AUGGAAACUGAACAAGAAGAGAAACCGAGGUACUUCAAAGAUGAGUUUGACUCAUCUCUGGAACCGAAACCAGAUUUUAGUCAGGCUCUGGGUAAUCAGAGUUCCUUCCUAUUUUCAUCUCAUGGAGAUAAGGACAAUGAAGCGGAAGAAAUUAUAGACCAACCUAAAGAUAUUUUCAUUGCAGAGUUGAGAAGAAUCAUUCCUGAAAUGAGCAUGGCAUUUGCCGAAGAGUUGUAUGAGAAAUUUUAUGAAUCAGAGGAUAACAUUUCGAAUGCAAUUGCCUACUACUUUGAGCAUUUAGAUGAGGCACAAAUAUCACAAUCCUCACCUACAGCAACUUCUCCGGCUGUUACACAGUCAUCAAUGUUAAGCUCUCCUCUGCCGCCAUCUCUGAAAAGAAAGAAAGACUAUGGCUAUAGAGAAUCUAAACGGUUAAAAAAUACACUGCGGUGGAAAAGAUUUAUUGGUUCACUUCAAGUUACAGCGAUGGCUACAAGACCAACUGUUAGGCCUUUAAAAUAUGGUUCAGGAUUGAAGCUAUCAAAAACUGUAUCUAAUUUGUCCCCAUCCAAAUUAUAUGAUCCUUCUGGUAAACGAAAGACUGUAAUGGCAAAUUAUGUAAGGAUCUUUGAUCUUCAAACAGACAGAGAAAUAGGGAAAGUAUCAGAAGAUAUUGCCCAAAUAAUAUACCCAUUGUUAGAUAACGAUGAAUUAGAUUUUGAAAUUACUUUAAUUUUCUGUAACAAUAAGCGCUUAAGUAUAGGUGAUAGUUUUAUCCUUCAAUUAGAUUGUUUUCUUACCUCACUUAUGUUUGACAAGAUGAACCUCCAAAGUAAUUCCUCCUCAUUUGAGACACCGCUACGAGCAAGUUGGGAUAACUCAUCAAGAUCAAUACUGGAAACAGACGAGGAAUUAAAGAACCGUUCUAGGAAACUGGCGCUUUUGUCAUUAUUUGAUAAACUAAAAGUAAAACCUGUUCUAAAUGAAGGCGAACUUCUUGAAAAGAUAGCCAAUGGUUCAGAUAAUACUGAGGAGGUUAUAGAUUUGGAAGACGAUGAAAGUUUCGAACAAUUAAUGUCACAAGAUUAUCAAGAGGAUGACGGAACACAACACCAAGAAGAUGCAAUGAAUCUCAAUCAGUUAAAGACUUUUUAUAGUGCAGCUCAAUCAUCGGAAUCGUUGAAAGAUCUCCCUGAAACAGAACCAUCAAAGGAUAUAUUUAAACUGGACCUUAGAAGGUAUCAAAAGCAAGGAUUAACGUGGAUGCUUAGAAGAGAACAUGAAUAUGCUAAGGCAGCUUCCAAUGGAGAUGACCCACAGGUGGAUGGGAGCAUGAUGAACCCAUUGUGGAAACAAUUCAGAUGGCCCAAAGAUAUGUCUUGGACAGCCCAGAAGAUAACGGGCAAUCCAAUCGAACUUCAUGAUGAUAUUUUCUUUUACGCAAAUUUGCAUACUGGUGAAUUUUCAGAGGAAAAACCUGUCUUAAAGACAAUUAUGAAAGGUGGCAUUUUGUCAGAUGAAAUGGGUUUGGGUAAAACCAUUUCAACAUUGGCACUAAUUCUUUCCUGUCCAUAUGAUUCAGAAGUUGUGGAUAAAAAAUUAUUUAAAGGGGAGGAAGAUGAUAUCAGAGAAACCCAACCUCAUUUAAAGCCAUAUGCCUCUAAAACUACAUUAAUUGUUGUUCCAAUGUCUCUUUUGAAUCAAUGGAAUACGGAAUUCAAUAAAGCAAAUAACUCCUCUGACAUGCGUUCAGAGAUCUAUUAUGGUGGGAACGUCAGUAGUCUGAAGAAGUUGUUAACUAAAACACACAAUCCACCUACGGUUGUGAUUACGACAUAUGGUAUUGUUCAGAGUGAAUGGAGUAAAAUCUUUAAAAAGCAAAACAUUGGGGCUGAGAUACAAUCGUCUAGUGGUUUAUUUUCUGUUGACUUCUAUCGUAUUGUAAUUGAUGAGGGGCAUACUAUAAGAAAUAGGACAACAUUAACCUCAAAAGCUAUAAUGGAUCUUACAAGUAAAUGUAAAUGGGUAUUAACUGGUACUCCUAUUAUUAAUAGAUUGGAUGAUUUGUACAGUUUAGUACGAUUUUUAAAAUUAGAGCCAUGGUCUCAAAUUGGGUACUGGAAAAUGUUUGUCUCUACACCAUUUGAAAAUAAAAACUUCAAACAAGCCUUUGAUGUCGUCAAUGCUAUUUUAGAACCUGUUCUUUUGAGACGUACGAAGCAAAUGAAGGAUAUUGAUGGGAAACCACUGGUUGAAUUACCACCAAAGGAAGUGAUUGUCGAGAGACUUAAACUCAGUAAAGCUCAGAAUGCAGUUUAUAAGUAUCUAUUGGAUAGGGCAGAGCAAUCUGUCAUAUUGGGGCUUGCUAGAGGAGAUCUUCUCAAACAAUAUUCAACAAUUCUGGUUCAUAUUUUAAGGUUAAGACAAGUAUGUUGUGAUGUCAAGUUGAUAGGUGCACAAGAUGAAAACGAUGAAGAUAUUUCCCAAGGGAACCAACAACUAAUUAAAGAUUCCAGUGAACUUGAUAAAAUACUGAAAAAUACAGAUACUGACGUUUCUAAUAAUGCAUUUUCUAAAGAAGAUAUAGAUAAUGCGAUCGAUCGAAUUAUGAAAAAAUAUAAUCCUCAAAUUGAUUUUCCUGCUUUAGAAUGUUCCAUAUGUACUACAGACCCAAUUCCACUUGAUAAAAUUGUUUUCACAGAAUGUGGUCACCCUUUCUGUGAAAGUUGCAUAGAGGAAUACUUUGAGUUCCAAGCUGGAAAGAACCUGGAAUUGAAAUGUCCAAAUUGUAGGGAACAAAUAAAUUCUAAUCGCCUAUUAACAGUAGAAAAAAUUGAAGCUGAAACCUUCAAACUAAAACACUACGAGAAUAAUCUCAAACCGGCCAAACUUUCUGCGUUACUAAAGCACUUACAACUAUUGCAGGACAGUUCUGCUGGUGAACAGGUGGUAAUAUUUUCUCAAUUCUCCUCAUAUCUUGAUAUUUUGGAAGAUGAAUUGAAAGAGGCAUUUCCAACUGAUGUCGCAAAAAUUUAUAAAUUUGACGGACGUUUAUCAUUGAAGGAACGUAGCACUGUGCUCCAGGAUUUCCAAAUUAAAGACCUUAGUCGCCAAAAAAUUUUAUUAUUGUCACUGAAAGCUGGUGGGGUAGGGUUAAAUUUAACUUGUGCAUCGCAUGCGUAUAUGAUGGAUCCUUGGUGGUCACCAAGUAUGGAGGACCAAGCUAUAGACAGAAUACACAGAAUUGGUCAAACAAAUAAUGUCAAAGUUGUUCGAUUUAUUAUAGAAAAUAGUAUUGAAGAGAAAAUGCUUCGUAUUCAAGAACGGAAAAGAACCAUUGGUGAAGCAAUGGAUGCAGAUGAGGAUGAGAGAAGGAAGAGAAGAAUUGAAGAGAUUAAAAUGUUGUUUGAGUAG